GCUUUAGGGAGUUGCACCGCGGCGGGCCAGAGCCGGUUGCCAAGGCGACGCCUGCGAAGAUGGCUGCUGCGUCCUCGUCGGAUUCCGACAGCUGCAGGGCUGAGAGCAAGGAGGCCAAUUCGAAAUGGCUGGAUGCGCACUACGACCCUAUGGCCAACAUCCACACCUUUUCUGCCUGCCUGGCGCUGGCAGAUUUGCAUGGGGACGGGGAGUACAAGCUGGUGGUGGGGGACCUUGGCCCAGGUGGGCAGCAGCCCCGCCUAAAGGUGCUCAAAGGACCCACAGUGCUGACCGAAAGCCCGCUACCUGCACUGCCAGCCGCUGCUGCCACCUUCCUCAUGGAUCAACACGAGCCCCGGACACCAGCUCUGGCACUCGCUUCAGGCCCUUGUGUGUAUGUUUAUAAGAAUCUUAGGCCCUACUUCAAGUUCAGCCUGCCCCACUUGCCUCCAAACCCCCUGGAACAAGAUCUUUGGAACCAGGCCAAGGAGGAUCGGAUCGACCCCUUGACCCUGAAGGAGAUGCUGGAGGGCAUCCGGGAGAAGGCAGAGGUGCCUUUGUCUGUACAGUCACUCAGGUUUUUGCAGCUGGAGCUGAGCGAAAUGGAGGCGUUCGUGAACCAGCACAAGUCCAAGGCCAUCAGACGUCAGACAGUCAUCACCACCAUGAGCACCUUAAAGAAGAGCCUGGCUGAGGAGGACGCCGUGUCCUGCCUGGUGCUGGGCACUGAGAACAAGGAGCUCCUGGUGCUGGACUCGGAGGCCUUCACCAUCUUGGCCAAGAUGAGCCUACCCAGCGUCCCCGUCUUCCUGGAGGUUUCUGGCCAGUUCGAUGUAGAGUUCCGGCUCGCCGCUGCCUGCCGCAACGGGAAUAUCUAUGUCCUGAGAAGAGACUCCAAGCGCCCCAAGUACUGCAUCGAGCUGAGUGCCCAGCCUGUGGGGCUUGUCCGGGUACACAAGGUCCUGGUGGUGGGCAGCACCCAAGACAGCCUGCAUGGCUUCACCCACAAGGGGAAGAAGCUGUGGACAGUGCAGAUGCCGGCAGCCAUCCUGACCAUGAACCUCCUGGAGCAGUGCUCCCGGGGCCUGCAGGCCGUCAUGGCCGGGCUGGCCAAUGGAGAGGUCCGCAUUUACCACGACAAGACCCUGCUCAACGUCAUCCGCACCCCGGAGGCAGUGACCAGCCUUUGCUUUGGCCGCUACGGGCGGGAAGAUAACACCCUCAUCAUGACUACACGAGGUGGCGGCCUGAUUAUCAAGAUCCUGAAGCGUACAGCAGUAUUUGUGGAAGGGGGUGGUGAGGUGGGCCCCCCACCAGCCCAGGCCACAAAACUCAAUGUGCCCCGAAAGACCCGACUUUAUGUGGAUCAGACCCUGCGAGAGCGGGAGGCUGGCACCGCCAUGCACCGGACCUUCCAGACCGACCUCUACCUGCUGCGCCUCCGGGCUGCCCGUGCCUACGUGCAGGCCAUCGAGUCCAGCCUGAGCCCCGUGUCUGCGAUAGCCCGGGAGCCCCUCAAGCUACAUGCUGUGGUUCAGGGCCUGGGCCCCACCUUUAAGCUCACACUUCACCUGCAGAACACCUCCACAGCCCGACCCAUCCUGGGGCUGCUGGUCUGCUUCCUGUACAACGAGGCGCUCUAUGCCCUGCCCCGGGCCUUCUUCAAGGUCCCCUUACUGGUGCCAGGGCUCAACUAUCCCUUGGAGACCUUUGUGGAGAGUCUCAGUGACAAGGGCAUCUCGGACAUUAUCAAGGUGCUGGUGCUUCGAGAAGGCCAGAGCGCACCCCUGCUGAGUGCCCAUAUCAACAUGCCCGUGAGCGAGGGGCUGGCAGCUGCCUGACCCCUGGGCUGGUGUUCAAGCCCCUGCGGAAUCAGGACCGGGAAGACCAGCCCCUUCCACCGAGCUGGGCCCACUCCCCCUGCACAGCAGCUGCUGGGGCAACAGCUUCUGUCUCCUCUCCUAAGCUCCCCAUUCCUCCCCGUCCUCACCGCUGGCUGACCUGUAGCAGCGGGCCAGUGAGUACCAGGGAGAUUCAGCUCCUUCCCCCGCAGGAAAGCCAGGCAUUGGCCCCCUGGGCUCCUGCUGCUCUUCAAUCUCCCCACUUGUCUCCAGAAAGCGUACCCAGGCCCGCAGGGAGAGCUGUGAAGUGGUCAAGGUGAGAUGAGGGCACAGGCCGAGUCUUCUCCGCCGCUCCGCUCAGACACGUCACGCAUGGCUGCUGCCGGCCCGGGCCAGAAUUGGCUGGGGCCUGGCCUGGGACCGUCAUAGGCUUUUCUCGGGUGAGACUGAGCCCCCUGUUGCUCCCUGGGGUUCCAGAGGCUUGGCUGCUGCCAGCUUAGCUUGCAAGUAAAACACAUGCUCUGAUCUCCCCUCAUGAGCUGAGCAAGGGACCCCUCUUUCUGUUCCGGGGGCCCAGAGAAUAGCGGCCUCUCUACAGGGGCCUUUUCUGAAAUCUUGGUCUCAGUCAAGGUCUCAGGCCUGUGAUGCUGCAUGAAGAACGCCAGGAGAGGGGCUGGUGCAGGGGUGGGGGGCAUAGUGUGCCCACACAGGGAGCUAGUGGCCCCAGCCACCCCCCUCCCACCAGGCUCCUGAACGCCACACAGCCGCUGUUCCCGACUGGACGCUCAUGCCCGGGAAGAACACCCAGGGGAGGAAGGCUCAGCUAGACAGCAGAGUGGUGCCAGGGUGUUUCUGGGGCCUUGGGGAGGUGGCACAGGAGGCAGCAGCCCAGACUGCCGGCCAAGAUGCUCUCCUAUGCCCUGGAGCCCACCUCAGUCAUGUGAGUGGAAAAGGCACCUGGCAGUGGCCAUAGUGGGAGAGAAUUAGCUGGAAAGGCAUGGCGCAGAGGCUUGAGUGAGGCAGAAGACCAAGCGAAGGCACAUGUUCAGACUGCCAGGGCCAGAGACCCACAGUCCCGGGCCUCGGUGCCUCAGAGGCCCAGCCAGUCUGCCUGGCACACCUCACAGCGCUCUGUUGGGCAGAGCUACCGGGCUGCCCUGAGCCACUUGUGAGCCAGGAACCCUGCUCCCAGAAGACCUGUAUCUUCCCCCUCUGACCAGGUGCAGCCUGGCGUGUGGCAGGCAGCUCAGGCUUGUGGGAAGUAACUAUUCCCCGUGGGCUUGUGUUCCCACGUGUGAAAUGAGGCAGUUUGACCAGACUCAGCUCCAUUGUCCUAGGAGAUGACUUGUUUCCAGAAAGGGGAAACUUGCCAGGAAUAACUGCAGAGCUUUUGCCCUUGAGGCCAAAGGCCCUAAGCUGACUGCUACUGCCAGGAAACAGUCUGUGCCCAAGGCACCACAGUGAGGUACUGGGGUGACACAGCCCACAGCCACUUCCUGUCCCCCACCCCAAGCAUGCCUUCUGGGGACGGAUUCAGAGAAGCAAGGAGUCUAAACCAAAGAAAGAGCCUGUCCGGCUCCUCUCUAUAUGGUCCAGUCACUCACAGCCAUAGACCAAUUGGGUCAGGAUGGUGAAGCAUUUCCAGAUCAAGCCAACUUUGGCACAGAUGGAACAAACAGGAUGUUUAACCUAGAAGUAGAAAGACAGGUGGGGAGAGGCGGGUGUCGCUAUCAGUCCGAGAGCGUUUGUCUUCUCCCGAGAGCUUUGUGAGAGGGCUUGUCCCGGAUGGAAGGGCCUGCUCCUCGUCGCUGGAGCUGUCACUGGGGCUGGGCUGUCACUUCUCAGGGCUGUUGAGUCAGAUGACCGCACAAUCCCUUUCACCCCAGUCAAGUUUUGAAGUGUGUGAACUCGGACCAAAAAGUGUGCUCCGGGUUCUAUUCCUAGCUAUUCAUGAUGAGGAGAACGGAGAAAAUGUUCCUAUUCCCAGCCCUCAUGUGAAUUUAUAUGAUGUAACACCAUGUACCUGUUAUUAAAAACACACCAGCUGUGGUGAUGUGGACACGCGUACAUAAAGCAACGUGAAGCAAGAAACAGUGCCCGGGGCCCUCACUACUUAGAGCUCCAGGAAAUUGUGUACUAGGGAAUGAGGAGAGCGGGUGUCUUUAAAAUACUGAUCUCAAACCAUGCACCUACUUAGUACUAUGGAGUUAGACAGUUUAUAAGAACAACCUUCCCCGGGUCCCCAGGACUGCUCCCCUGCUACUAUCAUUUUCAGUUCUCUCAGCUGUUUAUUUUGCAUAUGCUUAUACUAUUCUUGCUUGAUUGAUCAUCUUGCGCACUACCUGUUGGCUCCCUAGCCUAAGAGAUGAGGCUAAUUUAGCUCUCUGUGACAGUACCCCGCCCUUUCCUUCUCUCUCCAGUUUUCAGGUAAAUUGAUACUGUUUCGAUUAUAACUUAUAUUACUGUGAAAGUUAUUCACUGUGAGCCAAGAACUGGGCUAUAAUUAAAAUACUUUUUGGGGUACAUCUUUAUUUUUCAUGGAAUAAUUACCGUUUUGAAGAGAACUGACUCUGGAUGGUGAACACACAAUGUGAGAGAUAAAUAAUGUAAUACAGGAUUGUACACCUGAAAUCUAUGUAACUUUACUAACUGUCGCCCCAAUAAACUUUAAAGGAAAAAAAAAUUACCGUUUUUGUUUUUUCCCCCCAUUUGCUUAGUUUUCCAUACGUACCAGUUGCUAAUUCUUCCCCCACCCAGUCUGACAGUUCCUCUUUUUUCUGGAGCUUUCCCUUCAUCCCCUGCUUCAGUGAGGACUGUGUUUCCUUGACCUGCUGUAGAGCACUUCUGGGAAUUCCCUUCACCUGUGUCCUGGGCCCAUCUCCUCCUCUUCCAUAAUUGCCUUACCUCUCAUUUGCUGAAGCGUAUCCACAGGUACCUUCUUUAAA